AUGGGUGACCAGGCCGUACCAGUGAAGGGCAACGUUUUGGGAUCCCUUGUCCCGGCUCGCUACAUUCUGGCCAUUCUGGGCUCGGUAGCGAUGGCCAUCAUCUAUGGACUAAAGGUGAAUCUGAGCGUUGCGAUGGUCGCGAUGUUGAACCACUCGGCCCUCGCCCACGGCGGCGGUCCGCAGGAAGUGAAGGAAGAGCACGUCAACGCCGAACCCGUCUGCCAGGGCAGCAACUCAACCGAAGCAGUGGAGGACGGUCCAUUCAUCUGGAGCGAACCGGUGCAGGGCAUUAUCCUGAGCUGCUACUUCUGGGGUUACCUGGUGUCGCAAAUUCCUGGUGCUCGCGUUGCCGAGUCCUUCUCGGCCCGCUGGGUCAUGUUCUUCUCGGUCCUGAUCAACGUGGUCUGCACGCUGCUGACACCGGUGUCUGCCAAAUUGCACUACGUGGCUAUGAUUGUGAUGCGUAUCGGUGAAGGUAUCGGCGGCGGGGUCACGUUCCCCGCAAUGCAUGUAAUGCUGGCCUCGUGGGCACCCCCGAACGAGCGCAGCGUCAUGUCGGCGAUCGUGUACGCCGGAACCGCUCUCGGUACAGUAAUUUCGAUGUUGAUGGCGGGUGUGCUGGCCGGCACGCUAGGCUGGGAGUCCGUGUUCUAUGUGAUGGGUGGCCUCAGCUGCCUGUGGAUGGUGCUCUGGUUGUGGCUGGUGCAGGACUCCCCGAACCAACAGGCGCUUAUGAGCCAGGAGGAACGUGAUCUCAUUACCACAUCGCUCGGGGGCUCGGGUGGUGGCCACAGUGAACCGAAAGCCCCAGUCCCAUGGCGUAAGGUGUUUACCUCCGGCCCGUUCUACGGUAUUCUGAUUGCCCACAUCUGCAACAACUGGGGCUGGUACAUGCUGCUGAUAGAGUUGCCGUUCUACAUGAAGCAGGUGCUACAGUUCAACAUCAAGGAGAACGCCGUAGUCACUGCAAUUCCGUUCCUGACAAUGUGGUUCUUCAGUAUGGCGCUCAGCAAGACGCUCGAUGCGCUGCGAUCGCGAGGCAAGAUCACUACGACGAUUGCGCGCAAAACGGCCACCUUCAUUGCGUCUGCCGUUCCGAUGUGUUGCCUGUUGGCCCUGUGUUACAUCGGAUGCCAGCGUGGCCUCGCGGUGGCUCUCAUGACAAUCGGAAUCACCGCCAUCGGCGGAAUGUUCUGCGGCUUGCUCUCGAACCAUAUCGACAUUGCGCCGAACUAUGCCGGCACGCUGAUGGCCAUCACAAACAGUGCGGCUACGCUGUCCGGCAUUAUUGUGCCGAUAUUUGUUGGACAGAUCACUCACGGAAAUCAAACGAUCGGUGCUUGGCGCGUGAUUUUCUACGUUACGAUCGUUUUGUAUGUAGUGGAAAUCAUUGCCUACCUUUUGCUAGCUUCCGGCGAGGAGCAACCGUGGAACAAGGGAGACAAACCAACCGGUUCCGUUGAGGCAGUCGAAGCGGAAGCUACUCCACUGAACACGAAGGAAACACCGAAACAGAACUACAACAGCCAGGAGCAGUAGGGCGGCACUCUCUCACUCUCUCUAUUACUUACCAAAACCAGUGGUACUUAUGCGUUAGGAUUAACUUAGUUUAGGGUGCGUCAUCGGCUCGGAAGCGGCUAGGAAUCCGUGGAAAAUGGCGUUUGGUUUUCGAGAUCGAGAUUAAUUUUAACUCUGGAAACUGAAAGCACAUAAUCAAUUGUUGUCAAUAUUUUUUCGAACCGAAAAUCGACCGUGGGGUCCGGAGAACGAAGCAAUUAAGAAACGAAUAUCCUUCAGUCGAUUCGCAAGCAAUCGCCACCGGCAAAGAUGGACUAGUUUGUCUGCUCUAGACUAGGUAGAGGUUUGAUUUUCGAAUGAUGAAGCAUUUACUCUAGAUAAAAAUGAAUACCGUGCUUAACUUCUGGUGCUGUUCGGCUUUGGCGGACGAUUAAGAACGAUAUUAUCACAGAAAAGCGUACGGCUACCACCUGUCUAUUGCAAGCAAGGAAGUAUCAUGGUAACAAAAAUAAUAUACAAUCAUUGUUAUCCCAGACACGUUCAACGAAAGAAAGUAACAAUUAGCAUACUUUAGAGUGACGUAAAUUUUAUCGCCAUGUAGCAUUUCCUCCAAACCGCCGUCGAUCAUACAUACAUAUUCUCAUUUGCAUCACCGCUACUGUAGCUACUGUAGCCACCUGUCCCCGUCGGCCAAUCCGAAAUAAGUGCGGCACGAACGUGAAAUAAAG